ACUGCUGUAUUGAUCGCCAGAGGUGUUGGCAACAGUCUAGGUUGUUGAAGCCUGUUUGUUGAUUAAGGCCUUUGUAGAAUUCUUGUACACGUAAACUAUCUGUUAUAUUGUCAUAUCGAAAGAACAUUCUUUUGAGUUGAUAUUCGUUGUCAUUUACGUGGAGAAUAUCAACCAUGUUAGCUACUCAAAAACCCAGAAAAACUCGAGAGUUCACAGGCCCAACACCACACUCAGUUGCCAUCAGAGCAAAAUUCCCCAGCAAACGCCCUCCAGAUCACCUAAUUCUUGAAAGAAGACGUAAAGAUGAUUUAAGGGAGGAGGCAGAGUCCAUCACCAGGUAUAACAAGCUGUGUGACAUGAAAAAUGACUGGGAGAAGAUUACGGACGUACGAAUUCAAAAAAACACAGUGAAGGGCCGGGUGAACAAUCUACUUCAACAGCAAGAGUUUAAAUUAGAAGACAGAAGGGAAAGAUUAAGAGAACUACUAGCUACUGAGGAACGGCAGUACAUUGCUGAAAUGGAGGCCAGCCAGGAAACAAUAUUGGAACGUCAAGCCAAGAUGAGAACAAGAGCAAAGUUUCUAAAGGAAAAGAGGGAAACUGAAAGACUUCAAGUUGUAGCUGAGAAGCUAGAUCAAAGAUGGAGGGAGGAAUGUGAAGAGCUUAGAGCAACACUCUCAAGACGUCACAUGGAUGAGGUAUGCACAGAACGUUUUGCACAACUUCGCAUGAAAGACGAGAUGCACAUGCAGAAGCUUGAAGAAGAUAAGAUGUAUGCAGACCUCUGGGAACAAGACCGCUUGUCCAAGGCAGCACGAGAGGAGAAGGAGUCUCAAGAACAACAUGAAAGAAAUAGGGAUAUGGUGGAAACACUACAGAAACAAAAGGCUGCUCUUGAGGCGCAGAAAGAAGAGGAAAAAAGAUUGAAGGAGGAAGAAGGAAGACUUUUGACUGAAGAAAGAGAACUCCGCAGACUGGAAGAAGAAGAAGCUCUUCGUGAGAAGCGUAGACGCCAAGCGGAAACUAGGCAAGUACUCAGUACGUCCAUCAAACUAAAGAUGAAGAAGAAAGCACGAGAAUUGCAAGAAGAAUUAGCGCUUGAUAUGAAGAUCCUUGAGAAACUCCUGGAGGACACUCGCAAUGAAGCACUUGAAGUUGCUCAGAGAAAACGUGAAUUAAGAGAGGAAGACAGAGUAUACAGAGAUUACCUUCAGCAACAGAUGGCAGAGGAAGCAAGAAGAGAAAAAGAGAUUGAUCAAAUGAUUGAUGAAGAAGUCCGUAAACAGUGGCAGAAAAGACUCGACCAAUGGGCCAAAGAAAGAGUUGCACGUAAACAACUGAUGGAAAAUGUGCUUAAGGUUAGACACCAGCAAGUCCAAGAACGAUUGGCUGCAAAUUCUGAAGCCCAAAAGGCUGCGCAGGCUGAACGUGAAUCCAUGCAAGCUGCGAUGGCAGAGCACAAACGUCUGGAAAAAGAGCACAUUGCCAACAUCCGUCACCAGAAUCUAAAAUACCAACAAGACCUCCUAGAUCAAGCUGAAUACAUCAAUUGUCAGAGAGAGAUAGAGAAGGAUGAAGACUAUAGACAUUACCUUAAGGGAAUCGAGGCAGAGGCUAACUAUCAAGCAAAACUAAAAGAGGCCCUCGCAAGGCCAGUAGUAGACAAAGCCCAUCCGAUGAGACGGGCUUACAUGGAACGAAUGAGUGCAAAAGUACGAGAAGAUAGAUUAUAGUUCUAUUUUAAAUAUCAAUUUUAACAUUUUGUAAAUUAUUGUAAAUACUUUCUUUAGCUGAUUAUUAUUACUAUAAUUAUAUACUUAAUCAAAUUGUGAAGUACAAAAUUCUUGCAUAAAUAUGUACUGUAGAACAUAAAUAUUUGUUUCAAAUCAAUUUAUUUGCUUUUGAAAAAAAUAAAUAUUUGAAUGGUAAGAUGGAUUACUACUUCAGUGUAUGCAUUAUACAGCAUGACAUAGGGUUCUUUUGAGAAUAUAAACUUUUAAAAAGGCAUGUCUUGUAAAACAUACUAGUAGAGAUGUGCACAGCAUACCAUAAGAAUACUAGGAGUCAAUUUUAAGCUGCCUUUUAUAUUUUAAAUUAAAUGUGCUGGCUUCUUGUACAUUAAGUCACCUUGUGACUAUGACAAUAAGUUUAUCUUAUCCUACUUGCCUGUCAGUGUGGGCACUGAAUUUAAAUUUUCCUUAUUCAUAAAUUUUAUUUUACACAGAAUGUUCUUAAAAAUAAUUCAUAACUGGCACAGUGUAUUGUCCAAAUCCCAGCCACAUUACUGUUAGUAAAUCUGUUAUAACACUACUUAUCUUCUCAAAGCUUUCCUCUUAUAUAACAUAUGCCCAAUUUUAUAUGUGAAGCAAACCCCACCCAUGUUACUACAACUUGUAUGCCAUUUGUCAUUAAAAGAAGUAGAAAUCUUGUUAA